GUUACAAGUGCUGCUUAUAAUAGUAGUAGCCUGUCUGUCGUGCCGCUGUUGCUUCAGACACCGACCGAACCCAUUCAGUGCAGCAAUUGCGUCAGCGCGUCCGUCAGCAAAGAUGGCGUGGCCUUCAGAGCUUAAGGAGAUGCACAACCACCACAUGGAAAGCACACGAUGGAAGGAGCUCAAAUGGCGCAACGAUGACAUUGUCAUCUGCAGCUACGCCAAGGCGGGCACCACCCUCACCCAGCAGUUGGUGGGCCAGCUCAUCAGCGGCGGUGACCCGACGUUUCGCACCGCCGACGCGUCGCCGUGGCUGGACAUGCGUGUGAUACCCAAGGAGCCCAUGAUGGCGGCGCUGGAGGCGCAGACCCAGCGCCGCUUCAUCAAGAGCCACCUGCCCACCGACUGCCUGCCGUACAACCCCAACACCAAGUACAUCUACCUCGUGCGCGAUGGCCGCGACAUGUGCUGGAGCCUGUACAACCACCACUCAACCGCCAACGCCAUGUGGUACAGCGUCUUGAACGACACGCCGGGCCGUGUGGGCCCGCCCAUCACCCGCCCGCACCCCGACCCGCGGCAGUACUUCCUGGACUGGCUGGAGCAGGACGGCGGGCCGCACUGGUGGCCCUUCUUCUCGCACGUGGCCAGCUGGUGGGCUGUGCGUCAGCUGCCCAACGUGAUGCUGGUGCACUUCAGCGCGCUGCGGGCGGACCUGCCGGGGGAGGCGCGGCGCAUCGCCAACUUCCUGGACAUUGCCGUGCCCGACGACAAGUGGCCCACCAUUCUGGAGCACUGCUCCAUGGACUGGAUGCGCGCCCACGCCGAGCUGGCGGUGCCGGGUGGCGGUGUGUUCUGGGAGCACGGCGCCAGUGACUUCAUCUACAAGGGCACCAACGGGCGCUGGAAGGACUCCCUGACGGAGGAGGACUGCCGCGUCUACGAGGAGCGGGCCAUCAAGGAGCUGGGGCCGGACUGCGCGGAGUGGCUCAAGACGGCGCAGCCGCACGACUCCAAGCACUUCAAGUAGCACGACUCCAAGCACUUCAAGUAGCACGACUCCAAGCACUUCAAGUAGCACGACUCCAAGCACUUCAAGUAGGGCGGCGGCGCUGGAUGGCUGGCAAGCCAUGUUGGCGGGAGCCUUAGAGUCGAGGCCACCUGCAGUGCUUGACACGACGCAUACGUACCGGCGGCAGUUAUGUACACAGGUGCCCACACCAGUGAUUGUGCACCGUCCUCCAUCGGGAUCAGUGCCUGAAUGGACGCCUGGCAACAGAAGGCAGGGCGUCUGGCACGUGAGGGGCGCUGACAAUGUAUGCAAGACCCUGGCUGCGGGCUGGGGCCGAUGUGUAUGUGUGCGUGUUGCGGACAAGUCGACGGGCUGAUGGGUCGGGUUGUGCAUCGUGCUCAUGCGCGUGCUUAACAUGAGAAUUCGGAUGGCGUGUUUUUCGGGUUGCUACAUAUGCCACACUUAUUCAUGCCGCGUUACUACUUUCAUGUGCGCCAUGAGUGCUUGCCAGUUACGACACGCAACGGUGCGCUUUAUCAUGAAUGAUCAGGUCGCAUGGCAGGUCUCAUGCUACUGCCGCAUAUAGUACGAGUCAGGCGCUUUGUAGCAUGCAUGAGGCCACGCGCCUGCAUGUGCGCUAUCGUGCUGCCGUAAUAAAGAUGGCAGGUCGUUGAUGGUGGGAGGUCGUUGAUGGUUGUGCACGAGCAAGAGCCCAGCAGCACGACACUGUCAGGGCCAUGGGUGCUGCUUAAGAGACACUGUCAGGGCCAAUAGUGUUGCUUUAGAGACACUGUCAGGGCCAUGGGUGCGGCUUAAUCAAGUUACGGAGGGUGGGAGACGGUCUGGCAGACGAACAGCAUGACACACCGACUGGGUGUGCUAUCCUGGGACAACAAAGGGCCGGAGCCGGUUAGACAUUUGCUACUAUCGUCUACGGGCAGUAUAUGCGCGCGGUUGUGUGUGCAGCUUGUGCGCGCUCUUUACAUCUGGCUCGUCUACCUGUGAUCGGACCCGUGUGUGUGUGGGACGUGUGCAAUCCUGGGUGCGCGGUUUGACGCAAAUAUUGUGUCACGGGCAGUCAAUGCUUUGUAGCGCACGUGUGCAUGGCUCCGGGAUCGAGCAGUCCUCGACUGCCGGUGUGCCCAUGCACUACUGGGAAGCGUCUUCGUUGAAGGGCGAAAUCCCAAAUCCCAAAUCUACGGUGCGACAGCGGCCCGGCCCUGAACGCACCCAACGCAUUAUUUACCUUGGCACCGAUACCGCUUGCGGCCUUGCGGUACCGGUAUGCCGCGCGUGUGCUACUGUGCUGCCUACUGCCUAGGGCACUCAUAGGCCAUAGCCUGCGGCGGACGCCAGGGCAGCCCGGCACAGCUGGCGGGUGCUGUAAAGCCGUUCCUUG